AUUAGCAACAUGGCGGCCGCCGUCAGCAGCAACAUUGUCGUCUCGUUGUUGCGUUGCUAAAGUGUCAGUUAGCUCCUUCAGUCCUGAUCCAGCAGAGUCUCUGUAUGUCUGGAUAAACCUCUGAAUGGACUUCUAGAGGUUCACCUUUGUUUCUGGAUGUUGUUCCUCGGACUCAUCUCCCGGUAGCCUACAAAGAUAUUCAAGUUAGCUUAGCAUGCUAACAGACCGACGGGGACGGAAGUCAGCAACACAGCGCUAGUCCCAGUUUAAAGGAGAGCAAACGGGCUUUGUGACGGAGUUUGUGUGGAGGAAACGUUUCUGUCGUUGUGUGAAGAUGUCUAAAGUCCAAAUGCUGAGAUGUUUAGUCAACCAGCGACUAACUGCGGCUGCGCAAGAGAUAUUUGGGCUGUUUGAAAGAACCAUAGCAGAGUACGAGGAGGAACUUUGUAGUUCCAGAGAGGAGAACGAGCGACACCGGAAACGACUGGACGCUGUGUUCAACCCGGAAGUCCGGUUACACAGAGCAGACCUCCAGCAGCUGUUGGUGGUGAAAGAAGAGGUUCCCCCUAAGCAGCAGCACUGGAGCUCCAGCCUGGACCAGGAGGACCCAGAGACCCCAGACAUUAGAGAGGACCAGGAGGACCCCAAGCCCCCACACAUUAAUGAGGACCAGGAGGACCCAGAGCCCCCACACAUUAAUGAGGACCAGGAGGACCCAGAGCCCCCACAUAUUAAAGAGGACCAGGAGGACCCAGAGCCCUCACACAUUAAAAAGGAACAGGAGGGAGAUCAGCUUCAAGGUCUGGAGGAGGCUGGUAUCAAGUUCUCAUUCACUCCUUUGAAGAGUGAAGAUGAUGAAGAGGAAGCUCAGUCCUCUCAUCUUCAUCAAAGACAAACUGAACAGAUGGAAACAGAAGCUGAUGGAGAGGACUGUGGAGGACCAGAACCAGACAGACCUUUACAACCAGUUGCUGAUGAGACUUCACAGUCUUCUGAUUGUGAGACUGAUGACACAGAUCGGGAGAGACUGUUGUGUUCAAAACCCUUGAGGUAGACUCGAAGAAGGUCCGUAGACUAAAGGUUUUAUAAAACAAAGUUGUGAUACAGAGUAUAUUUCUCAGCUAAGGACACAUAAGUUACAAAGGGCCACAGACCGGAAGCGGUUAACUGUAUUCUGGUAAGUUAUGCUCACCGAGCCAGAAGUAACAUUCAUUUUCAUAAACCACAGUACAUCGGCCAUAUUUGCCUCUGGUUUAGCUUUACAGCAUUCGAUUGGCUAAACGUUUCACAGACACGGAGUCGGCAUCGGUUGGUGUAAAGAUGGUGCACGGCGUCUCCUCGUCACCACUCUGCUCUCCUGUGUUCCUUCGCGCUGCCGCUUCCUUUUAAAGAAGUUAUUGACAGAUGGUUUUUAUAUUCUCCAGCUCCAAGAUGGCUCCUGAGCUCGUACCUUCCUUUGUCCGCAGUGCACGAUACAACAUUCCUGAGUGAGUCUGUCUUUUUACGAAUACACAUUGACAUAUUGUAACUUACACCUAGACUAUUCUUUAAUAAUUGAUAUUCAUAGUAAAUUAUUAAAUUCUACAAGACUUGGGAAUCUCAGUCAGAUUUAAACGCUCUGCAAAACAGUGAAGUACCUGUAAGUGAACUGUAAUCCUGGACCAACAUCAAUCAGCUCCUCUGAUUGUGCUGCACGCUUGGACCACAAGAGACACUCUAAAUCCAAAACAGGAGUGAAACCAUUUCAAUGCUCUGUUGGCAAAAUAUUUGGAUUGCGUCAACCUCUGAAAAAACACAUUUAUGUCCACACAGGUGAAAUCAUUUAGUUCAGUUGCUCAAGGUCUGAAACAACAUUUAAUUGUCCACACCGGAAACAGAUUAGUUGUUGAGAGAUGAGAGAAUCUUUUAUAGCAACAAAAAAAAGAUUCUCAUCUGUUAUUUGAAAUGUACUUCCAUAUUUUCCACAAUGUUUGUAACUGCAGCAGCUUGUUUUUCUUUCUAAGCAGCGA